AUGGACAAGUAUGCAGCGGAUCUCAGGACCUCAACCGUCGCAGCGGAGGAAGAGGCGUACGAAGAUGAGCCGCACCAGGAAGCAGCUACUUACUUUGGGCUAAAUCACAAGUGCAAGUUCUGGGAAGAGGAAGUGAAGUUCAUGGGACACGUAGUGAAAGUAGAAGGAAUAGCAGUCAAUCUAGCCAAGGUGGAAGCAGUAUCUAAGUGGGAUCAGCCCACCACAGUCACUGAAGUUCGGAGUUUUCUGGUCAUGGCAAGGUACUAUAGAUGCUUUAUCAAGGAGUUCUCCAGGAUUGCGUGGCCACUCACCCAAUUGACGAAGAAGAACAACCGGUUUACAUGGGAUGAGAACACGGAAGCGGCCUUCCAAGAGCUAAAGAUGAGACUGAUUUUUGCUCUAGUACUCACUCUUCCACAAGAAGGAGAGACAUUCGUGGUGUAUAGCGAUGCGUCAAAAUUGGGGCUGGGAUGUGUACUGACAUAA